AGUCAUUAAGUUUUCAAGUUUCUCUUAAACUUGUGGUCUGUGUUAAGAAUCCCAAGUGCUAAGUCCUAAUUCUGUUCUUUGAUUUUCAAGUCCUAAACAGCUGCUCUUUCUUCAUCUGGGUUAUUAAAUCCGCUUCUCUUUUUCUUUGGCUUUUUGCUUUGACUUUAUUUUUCUUUCGUAAAAAAAACUUCAAAAAGAAAACCAGCUCUCACUUCUUUUGCUUCAGUUCAAAUUAUAUCUAAUCCUGUGGCUAAUUAAGGGAAGUUUGUAGAUUUGCAAAAUCUGGUUGGAAUUGGAUAGCUGGUCUGUAAUUUGUGGGAUCUGAAUUGGAUCUAUUUCUCUGCUAAGCUCGGAUCUCAGUAGCCUCAUAUCCUUGUUACAAGAUUAACGACGAUGGCGGAGGCUUUCUGUCUUGCUGCUGCUGCUAAUGCCGUUGGAAAUAUGAUGGGAGACUAUUUGGUGAAGCCAAUUGAACGUCGUAUUCGUUACUUGUUUCGUUUCCGUAACAUAGUGAAAGAGCUCCACCAACAGCAAAAGAAAUUGGCUAUAGAACAAAGUCGAGUUCAAGAGGACGUUAAAGAGGCUAAACUGCAGAUUCAAACUCAAAUAAUCGAGGACUAUGUAGAUGAAUGGUUGACAAACACAAAAAAUGCCUUAAAGGAUAUAGAGAGUUUGGACGGUAGAAUUGAAGAAAACAGGAGAUGCUUACGUUGGUGUCCUAAUUGGUGUUGGCGAUAUCAAUUAAGUAAGGAGAUCGAGAAGAAAACAGAGGAUAUCAGUAAACUUGUAGAAAACUCCCACUUUGAUCGAAUCGGCCAUCGUGCUGAGCUUCCAGGCUUAGAGUUCGUCGCAUCUAAGGGUCUUGUGCCUGCCAAAUCUUCGACUGCUGCUUUCAACAAGAUCAUGGAGGCGUUGAAGGAUGAUGGGAUCAACAUAAUCGGAGUGUGGGGGAUGGGAGGGGUGGGUAAAACCACCAUAGUCAAAGAAGUUGGCAAUAAUGUCAAAGGAUUUGGUCCACCUAUAAUGGUUGUUGUAUCCAACUUUCCAGACAUAGGCGAAAUGCAAAACAAAAUUGCAGAUGGCAUAAACUUGAAAUUUGAAAAAAUGACCGUAGGCGACAGAGCGAAGGAGUUAUGGAGUAGAUUGAAAGAUGGAACGUUCCUCAUAAUCCUUGAUGAUCUGUGGAAGGAUUGGGAUGGUGCAGGCCACUUGAGGAAUAUAGGCAUUCCAUUGGUUGAAAAUGGGAAGGGCUGUAAAAUCAUUUUAACAACUCGUCGCAAGACAGUAUGCCAAUCUAUGGAGUGUCAAGUUAUUGUUCCAGUUGACAUCUUGGAUGAUGCUGAGGCAUGGGAUUUAUUCACAAUGAAAGCUAACCUUGAUAGAAGUGUUUCAAGCGAGAUUGUUGAGGAGGCUAUGAAGGUUGCAGAAGAAUGCAAGGGUCUACCUGUAGCAAUUGUAACACUAGCAAGAGCUUUAAAAGGUACCAAGACUCGUAAAGGAUGGGAAUUAGCCCGCAAAAAACUUCAAAGCAGUAGAUUAAUAGAGAUCGGUAACAUUGAAGAGGAAUUCGACAAAGAAGACGAUGCGGAUCGGAAAAAAAAUGCCUACUGGUGUAUUAAGAUGAGUUACGAGUACUUGAAGAAGGAAACGACCAAGAUAUGCUUCUUGUUGUGUGCUUUAUAUCCAGAGGAUCACUCAAUUGAUGUGGAAGACGUGGUGCAACAUGCUUGGGCUUUGGAGUUAUAUGGCAAGUUUGACUCAGUUGAAGAUGUGAGGACUGUAGUCUCGGAAGCCAUUGACUACCUCAUAGAUUCUUGCUUGUUGUUAAAGGACGAAGAUAAAGAUGGUGGAAGGAACGUUAAGCUACAUGAUAUGGUUCGUGACGUUGCUCUAUGGAUUGCAUCCAAAGAAGAUAGUGGUUUUAUGAUAAAAUCUCGUGUCCAAUUACUGGAUGAAAGCCCUGAACCUUGUAAGGCGAUCUCACUGUUGGAAAAUGUAGCAAAAAGAUUUCCCGAGAGACUGGUAUGUCCGAAGCUUGAGAUGUUGUUGCUCAAGAACUGUGAUGUACACGGCAUAUAUUUCCAGGGGAUGCAAGAAUUGAAGGUUUUAAGUCUUACUAUGCCAAGAAGAUAUAGAGGGCCUAUUUGUUUUCAUCCUUUUCCGUUGGGAAAACUCCGUGCUCUACAUUUGGAAAAUGUUAAGGACUUGCCAUUCCUAGGAAAUCUAAGGACGCUUGAGAUUCUUAGAUUGCGAGAUUCAGGAUCCGCGACAUUGACAGAUGACAUAGGAAUGUUGGAGAAUCUAAAGAUAUUGGAUCUAGAAAAAUGUGGAUUUUUCUCCGGAUUUCCCCGCAAUGUGAUUGGAAGGCUGUCUAAGCUGGAGGAGUUGUACUUGAGGGAUGUAAACUUGAAGGAGGAAAGUAGGGAUAUCCUUCUGGAGAUAAAUUUAUUAACCAAAUUGAAGAUACUAUACCUUGGGGUAUCUUCUUUACAUUUUCCAGAAGAUCACUUUGAGCUCCCAAGAUUAGAAAGAUAUGAAAUUUGCAUAAACUCUCUUUCUCGUGGCUCAGAUGGAUCUUUACGCACAGAAAGAUCCUUGAAAAUUAAGGAAGCGUGUCAUUUAAAUCUAGUUUCACAAUUACUUGAGAAUUUAGAGUCUCUGGAAGUGAGAUUACUCGAGGAUGAGUACAUAGAAUGCUUGAGUGAUAAAAAGCAAAAGAAGGUGUCAGUUCCAAUGAUUUUACGAAAGCUAAAGCAAGUAAGGAUUUUAAACUGCAGGAGCCUCAAAGUGGUAUUUCAGACGGAUAAUGUAAAAGAAGAUGCUGUACCACUGCUCUCCAAGUUAGAGCACUUAGAACUUCGACAUUUGCCUAAUUUGAGCCAAAUUUGGGAAUUCCCAACCCAAUGUGUUAGACUUCAAAGUUUAGUGCAUUUAAAGAUAUGGAGUUGCCCCAUACUAAAGUCAGUCUUCUCGGUUUCUCUCGCUCAAAGUCUCGCACUCUUAGAAAACCUCGAGGUAGACUACUGUGGUGAGUUGAGGCAAAUAGUCACAGAGUUGGAAUGCCAUGAGGAAGAAAUAUCAUCGAGCAUCAAUUCUCCCAAUUCUUUGUGCUUCCCAAAGUUAACAACACUCCGCAUAGGAAAAUGUGAUAGGUUGGAGUAUAUUUUUCCAACAUCGAUGGCGCCAGAAGGGCUUCCACAACUGGAAAUUCUUACUAUGGAUGCUUGUCCUCUAUUAAAACAAGUGGUCAGACCUAUUGAAGGAAGGACGGAAAAUGACAUUUUGCUCCUGCAGUUUUCGAAACAGUUGCUGGAGUUUUCAGUGUCGGGUUGCACUUUGUUAACUGAUUCAUUUGUUCAUUUAGAAGUUGAGAAGGCCAGCUUCAAGGGGGUUCAAUUAUCAGCAUUCAAGGGAUCGUUCAGCGGCUCCAAACAUCUUCAUCUAUCUGCAAUUGAGGAUCAUAAUCUGGUUCCAGAUGCAAAGGCAGACGGAUUAAAUGGAUUAACAUCCCUUGGAAUUAUGGGAUGCAAGCAUCUUGAAUGCUUGGUUGAUACCAUAACAAACAAUGCGCCAGCCUCUGCAUUCACUCAUUUGGAGGCAUUAUAUACGGCUAAUAUGGAUGCUUUGCAAACCUUAUGCAGGGGUGAGCCUCCACGGGGUUUUCUGGAGAACUUAAAAGUACUGGCUGUAAGACGAUGUAAUCAUUUCCAAGUGCUGUUUCAAAUGGAAGAAAAUCAAGGCAAACCAUUUCCAAAUUUACAAUCUUUGGAGCUCGAUGAUUUACCGGAAUUGAGAUGGAUAUUAAGAAGCUCAACCCAUUCUUUUAGUCUCCAAAGUCUUAAGGUAGUGAAUAUAUUUAGGUGCAACAAAUUGAAAUCCCUCUUCUCACCUUCCCUUAUUCAAAGCCUAGUGCAGUUGGAAGAAAUCAAGAUAAACAACUGUGACGGAUUGAAAACUCUUUUCGCUGAGCUGGAGAAUGGUGUUGCUACAGAAUCAAGCAGUUCUCUCCCUCCUAUGUUGUUGCCAAAAUUGACAACUCUUCACAUCCAUGGUUGUGGAGAACUAGAAUAUAUUCUUCCGGUCACUUUGGCACAAGGUCUUCCCGCUCUUGCAAUUAUUUCAGUUUCAUAUUGUGAUAAAUUAAAGCAAGUCUUUGGCAUGGUAAAAGAACAAAAUGCAGUUGGACAAAGGAAUACCGUGCUCCUUGAUGUUCUACAAGAACUGCGACUUUGUUCUUUAACAAACUUAUGUUGUUUUGUUCCGGAAAACUAUGUUUUCAAAGCUCCAGCCUUGGAAAAAUUAAAUGUUGAUGAGUGUCCUCAAUUGAUGAACUUUGCCAUUGACCAAGAUAAGAAGAGCCUGCUUUUAACGACUGGUGGAUCUAUUGCAUUUGUGGAUUUGCCAUUUAAAAGGGAUCUUCGUUUAGACGGAUGGGAGGCACUUGAAAGCUUGGUUCAUGCAACGCAAGUAGUUAUUGGUUUAUGCACCGGUCAACCUCCCCAGGAUUUCCUACAAAAUCCCAAAAACCUGAUAGUUAGAAGCUUUGAACAACUGCGGGAGGUCUAUGGAAACAAUGAGUUUGUUCAUAACAGAGAGGAAAAUCAAGCACCGCCAUUACUGUCUAAUUUGGAGCAUCUGAGUCUAAUAUCUUUGCCAGAAUUGAGAUGGAUAGUAAAAAGCCCCGCCCAUCCUGCUAGCUUCCAAAGACUAACGGUUUUAUGGAUAGAAAAUUGCAACAAAAUGGAAUCUCUCUUCUCACUUUCCUCCAUUCAAACCAUAUGUUCGCUGCAAGAACUCCACUUAGUUUAUUGUAAUGAUUUGAAAAAUGUUUUCGUGGAGUUGGGAAGUACUGAUGAUGAUCAAAUCAAGUCCAGCAGCAUACUUUGCUUGCAAAACUUGAAAACUGUGGAGAUAAAACAAUGUCCAAGUCUAGAAUAUGUCUUCCCGCUUGCUUUGGCUGGCGGUCUUCCUUGCCUGCAACAGAUAUGUCUUGAUGAUUUAGAAAAACUAAGUGGCUUUGUUGCGACACCCGCUUCGGGAGUGUUGGAUGUCAAUGGAAGUCCUGGAUUCACCAACACCACCAUUCAAGAAGAGAGUGUCCCAUUAAAUGAGUUCCAAAGUAGUGAUGAUGUUGAGAUAGAAUCAAACACACUUUGCUUGCCAAACUUGCAAAUUGUGGACAUACGUAGAUGCCCCAGGGUGGAAUACUUUUUCGAACUUCCUUUGGCUGGAGGUCUUCCUUGCCUACAGCAAGUACAUCUUGCUGGUUUAGAAAACCUAUGUGGUCUUGUUGCAGGAAAUAAUUUCGUCGAAGCACCAGUUUUGGAAAUUUUGAAUGUCAGCGGAUGUCCUCGAGUUACGAAUCUCGCUAUUCAUAAAGAAAUUCUCAAGUGCGUCCCAAUGAAGGAGUUAGCUUUAUCUAUUCCGGAAUUCAUAAUUGACCCCGAGUCAUGCACCAUGGUGAACAUCCCACCGGAACAAAGACCACCGAGCUCUGAAUAUAUAAAUCUGGGAAACUUUGAACAACUGUUUCAGCUGCAAGGUGGAUACUCCAUCUCAAAUCUGGAGAUAAUGACAAUCUCUAAUGUAAUUUGGCUACGAGAUAUAUGGAAGGGUCCCAUCCAGUGUGCAAUCAAUCUCGGAAGCUUAACCAUACACUUCUGCCAUAGCUUGACAUACAUCUUUCCAAUGAUGCUCAUCCGAAAUUUACCACAAUUGAACUAUCUAAGAAUAGAAAAGUGUGAGAAGUUGGAGCAGAUAAUUGCGAUUGAUGACAUUUUAACAACAUCAUCAUCAUCACAAGGUCGACCCUUUGAGAAGAUAAUAGAAUUCCCCCGAUUAGCGGAAAUACAACUUCAAGAUUUGCCAAGUCUCGUGAGCUUCAGCCCUACGGGCUAUCAUCUGAUAUUCCCAAGUUUGAAAUCUUUAUACAUUGAGAAUUGUUACAAGAUGAUCACAAGUUUCACGGUCGACCAUUUAACAUUAUCUAUGCAUGCAAAAACAGAUCAGGCACCCCCACUGCAUUAUAAUAUAUUCUGGGAAAGCCUUAGACCUUUUUCACUGCCUCAAUAUGUGGAAGAAGCCGAAGGAAUUUCAAGAUUGAGCUGAAAAAUUUUGCAAAAGCAUGCUUGUGCCUGAAUCUUCCCUCAAUAUCACGACCAGGUAAAUAUGGCAUCAUCAUCUGCCGAUCGAUCAAGCUGAUUAUUUUAUGGAGUUGUAUGCUCAGCUGAGGUUUCUCUGCCUCAGUGUUAUUUAACUUGUUGCCAAGGACUUUUAAUUUGUGUUCUAUUAAUUGUUUUCGAGACUUUAACUUAUUUGCUACUUUCAUAAAAGAACAUACAAUCUAGAUGGUUGGUUCUUGUUGCUUUUAGGUGCUGUAAUUUGUUGAUUUUGUUUGCUAUAAAUGCAUGAGAA